AUGGCGGUCUUCGGACAGCGUGUGCGGCAGACGCCUCACAAUGUUCAAUACGACCUCGACAGGCGCGUCUACUGCGUCAAGACCUACCCCGUCCUCUCGCCUCAGGGUGCCAACAUUGUCAUCUGCGGCCACGAAAAUGGCGUUUCGAUUGUCUGGCGUGGCGGCCGGCGUCUCAAGGAUGUGCGGAAGCCUGACCCAAAGCCGGCUGCGGCAGCCAACGCCGACUCAGUGAUGAUUAUCGACUCCGACGACGACGACGAAGACGCCGCGAAAGCCUCGUCCGCGACGUCUGCGGCGAACUUUGUCGACAAGCCCGUGUUUGAGGACGCGCCCGCCGACACAAACGCAGGCGGGUUUGCCGAGGUCGUGCAGACACUGGAUCUGGCCCUGAACCAGGCCGUCCUCAGCGUGGCUGUUCUGCCCAUUGCACCCUGUGCAGCCAAGGAGGCCGAGCCCAGCAUUCUCCAGGAGACGAUGGUGUUUGCCAUUACGUGCCGUGCGACAGCCGACGUGUUUGUCGUCACGCUGCCCCUGACACCGCCCUCCAAUGAGAGCAAGAACCGGCCGCAGCUGCGGACGAACCUGGUCGCCGGCAACUUGGGCCGCGGCGCGUUUGGCGAUGUGCUCAUUCCUCUUGGCGGCCAGAACCGGCGUGGCGAGGGCGUGGCGAUCACUCUGGCCAAGCAAAAGACGGCACCGGCGCCUGCACCGUCGUCUGGCGCUGCAUCCCGUUCCGCAUCCGCAGCCACCACGCCGCCGGCGCGCGUGAUUGUGGCGGUUCAUGCACGCGAAGCAUCCGGUACGCUGCGGCUUUGGGACGUCACGGUGGGCGCCAAGCGUGCGGCUUCAGAGCGGCCGAUCGAGCCUUUCCAGACCGAGUACCUGCCCAGCCCUCUCACGAGCGUGGCCUUUAACCCGACGCACCCGACGCAGCUUCUUGCUGUCGACCCGCAGCGCGCCGUGCGCAUCUACGACUACACCAUCCCUGCGAUCCCUUUGGACGACAUGGCCGAGGGUUCCUACCCGCCGCAAGGCUCGUGGCUGCUGUCCCUGUACCCGCCCUUUGCCCGUGGCGGGCUCACACACACUGCGCGCAAGCCAGUUGUGGCCGCUUCGUGGAUCGCACACGGCCAUGCCAUUCUCGCCCUGCUGGCCGAUGGCCAGUGGGGUGUCUGGGACAUUGACCGUGCAAGCUCCGGCAGCGGACGUGGGGGCGUGUUCGGCGCAGGGUCCGCGACACCGGGCAUCCGCGGCGCGGCUCUGGCCAACUUUACCAUCUCCGGUCAGAUUGAGGGCACGACGCCGCUGCGGAAUCCUGCGACCAGCGCCCGGAAGUCGACCGAGGGCGACUUUGUGCCCAUGACACCGUACACCCGCCGCGAUGCCCUCGCCGCGUCGUUUGCUGGCGGUGUCGAGCGGCUUGUGGCCAUCCCCGGCGGCGUGGAGGUUGUGCAGCAGCGCUCGCUCCGUGGCACGGCUGCGGGAACGGAGACGGCUGUGCUGUGGCUGGGCGGCGCGGACUACACAGUGGCCGUCAUCCCCGAUGUAUCCCGGUUCUGGGACGCGCAGCUGCGGCGGUCGUCGGGCGGCGGCGUCAACCUCUUCAGCGGUGCUCGGCCGACCCGCAUGGUCCGCGUCCACGACCUCGGCGCCAGUCUGCAGAGCGAGCGGUGCUGUGGCGCCGUGGCUGUGUCAUGGCCUUCGCUGCCAACGCUGCCAACGCAGCCAACGCAGCACAGAACCUCUGGGGUCCACGGUGGCGAUGAAGACGAGGAUGACGAUGACAAAGACAACGAGGCAGCGACAAAUACAAAUGGCGGCCAGUCGAUUGAGGUGCUCGUCCAGGGCGAGACCCGCCUGGUCGCGACCCGCGAGAGCGGCGAAGACGCCUAUGCUGGUGGCUUGACAACACGUCUGCUGGCAGCCUCGGCCCGCCGGCGGAAUGUGGGCGACACCGUGACAAGCGCCAUUCUCGUCGAGCCGCGCACGCGCAAGCCCGGCACGGUCAAGUUUGAUCUGGACGCGAACCAGCUCCGGCAGCAGCAGAGUCUCCUGCGUGGCGGCAGCAACAGCCAGCGCGGCAAGCUGGGCCCCUCGGCCUCUGGUGCCGGCGCGACGCCACGCCGUGCGCCGCUGACACGCUCGCUCUUUGAGUCACCUUCACGCUCUGGCCCAGCAGGCAACAACAACGGCGGCGGCGGCGACGACGCUGCCGACGCCGCCGACGAUGCCGAUAAUGCGCUGGCGCUGACGCCGCAGCGGACACAGCGGUCGUUGUUUGACGAGAACGAGGUCACGCUGACGCAGAGCAUGAUGCGCCCGCCGCCGCGCAACGUCAAGCCCGACCUGACGUUUGCGGGCGGCCUCGAGGACGCAGCCAACGCGCUCGACGACGAAGAGACGGUGCAGGACCGCAACGUCGAGGAAGAGAUGCUCGACAUUAUGGAGAUUGACCGGGCGCUCGAGUCGAUGGAAGGCCGCCGCGACGGUGGUGUUCGCAACGAGGAUACCCGAGGCACGAAGAGAGAUUAUACGACGGCGUUUGGGGAUGACGGAAACGAGGCGGACAACGCGAUCGAGAAGAAGAUGAAUACGGACAAGCAGACAGAGAAACAGACGGACCACCUGGAGGACUCCCUCGAGGCCUUGAAGAAGAGAUUGGCAACUGCAACCCAGGUUCUGAACGAAACGGCGGCCGAAGUUUCGCAGCUGGAAUCGGAUCUGCAGCGAAUGAAGCAACAGCAGGAGGAAAGCGAGCGCAUUAAAGCAUCGGUGCGAAAGGUCCCAGACUACUCAGACAACGUGGGCCUCGCGGACAUGGACCGACUCUUCCGUAUCGACAGCCGGCGCAUCAAAGCCGACGUGGACCGGUUGGAAGCGCUCCGCCGUCACGCGCAUGCCGUGCGGCAAGAUUUCCACGCCCGCUUUUACGUUGCCGAUGUGCUGCGGAACGAGGAUCAGAAGCGCCUACGCCGGCACCAAGGCCCCCUCAAGAUGUUUGGCGACGACAUCCAGCGGAUGCCACGGCCACCGCCCUUGGUCCGCACGCACAACCCCGUCUACAUCAUGCGCGGGAGAAAGUCGUUUGUCCACCACACCCGCCGGGCGGAUGCACGCUGCCGCAUGCCGGCCAACCGACGCCUGCACAACCACGCGGUGACCAGUCGCAGUCUCCUCGUGCACGGCACAGAACCGUUCCUUCGGCACCUUCGCGCGUGGAACAUGUGGAAGGCGACGCAGGAGCAAAACGCCACGAAGGCGCAGCAAGCAGCGGCAGCGGCAGCGGCAGCGGCAGCAGCAGCGUUGGGGCCGAGCGAGACGGACUGCGACGGGGCGCAAGGCUUGUAUGUGCUCGACAAAGGGCCCUCGCCAAUGACAACCACGGUCCGGGACGGCACCGGCGACGACGGCAACAAACAGGCGUAUUUCGAUCGCUACGGCUAUCCCACCCGAACGCCCCGGGGACGCCUUCCCCGUCUGCCGUCCUGCUGCGACCAGCCUCCGGCCACGCUCGAUGACGACGACGACCGCUUGAUGCGAGCCGACACUCCGGCCCCCUUGCCUGUCUACCAGGACUGA